CUGCUCUGCCUCUCUUCCGUUUCCGGGUUUCGCUUUCGCUCUCCUCCUUCGCUCCCGCAGAGGCUCCGAACCAAAUCCAGCUGAGAGCAGCAGCAGCAGCAGCGGGGAUAGACGAGAUUGUUUUGCCUUGUUGUUCUAACGAACUGGUUAGUUUGUUGUAAUCCUGUUGCUGCCUGUAUCUCUCUUCUCGCGGCGGCGCGGCGCGGCGGUGGCGUAAACCCUAGCCGGAGUUUGGAGGCGCGGCGUGGGGGGUACGGCAGUGCUGCUGCUGCUCGGGCAGUCAGUGCCGGCGGACGAGGGCCCGCGAUUUGGCGCGGGUUGAGCUCCGGAUCGCCCUUCGAUUCGGGGGCGAGCGGGUGUCGCGGGCUGCAGGUGGCCGGCGGGUGGCCUCGAGCGAGCCUUUGGCGGGGAUGCUGGCUUGUUCCUGCUCAAUUUUGGUGGAUCUUGCGGGCGUGCUGUGCAGGAUGGCGCGUUGAGUGGUGUGUCAAUCGAUCUUGGAGUGGUUUCUGCUGAGCUCGGGGCUGCCAUUGCCUGCAAGGAUGGUGUCGUCAGGGCCGCCCAAUCCGAUGGGGCCUGGGCAGCCAGGUGGCUCUGCUUCGCUUCUCCGGACGAGCUCUAGCCUGCACAGUGGUGGCCAGCAAGGAAUGGGUGCUGGUGGUGGCCUGCUUCAGUCGCAGUCCCCAUUUUCAUCUCUCGUCUCCCCGCGCCAGUUUGGCGGAAAUGGCCUGCUUGGAGGGUCCUCGAAUGUCUCCUCCCUGCUCAAUCGGCCAUCGUAUGGAAACGGGGCUCCUAUGUCAGGUCCAGGACAAAUGCCAAAUGGCGGGGUUCAGAUGAAUACUCUACAGCAGAGAGGGGGACUUGAUGGUGCUGGUGAUUUGAUUGGCGCUGGGGUAUCUGAUCCCGCGUCAUUUCCAUCCUCCGCCCAAGUUAGUUUGGGCAACCACCUAGGUUCAGAUAGCCUCCAGCAUCAGCAAAUGGAAGUGCAGGAUUUGCAGCAUCAACAUGAGCAGCAACAACAGCAGCAUCAACUUCCAAUGUCAUACAACCAGCAGCAGUUGCCAUCACAGCAGAUGCAACCACAAGUUACAGUGAAGUUGGAGAAUGGUAGCAGCAUUGGUGGAGUCAAACUUGAACAACGGAUUGGACAGCAUGACCAGAAUGGUCCAACCCAGAUGAUACGCAAUGCUGGCAAUGUAAAAUAUGAGCCACAUCACUUGCAAGCGUUGAGGGGUUUGGGUGCAGUGAAGAUGGAGCAACCAAAUACAGAUUCAUCAGUGUUCUUGCAGCAACAGCAGCAACAACAGCAGCAGCACCAUCAUUUGCUGCAACUCACAAAGCAGAAUCCUCAAGCUGCUGCGGCUGCCCAACUGAACCUCUUGCAGCAGCAGCGGAUCAUGCAAAUGCAGCAGCAUCAGCAGCAGCAACAACAACAGCAGCAGCAGCAACACGUUCCGAAGAAUAUGCCUUUACAGAGAAACCAAUUACAGCAGCAGCAGCAGCAGCAGCAGCAACAACAACAACAUCAGCAGCAACAACAACAUCAGCAGCAACAAUUACUUCGUCAACAGAGUCUAAACAUGAGAACUGCAGGAAAGCCACCUUAUGAACCAGGUACCUGUGCAAAGAGAUUGACCAAUUACAUGUAUCAUCAACAACACAGACCACUGGAUAACAAUAUCGAGUACUGGAGAAACUUUGUCAAUGAGUAUUUUGCCCCAACGGCUAAAAAGAGGUGGUGUGUAUCUCUUUACGGAAGUGGUCGUCAAACUACCGGUGUCUUCCCUCAGGAUGUCUGGCACUGCGAAAUAUGCAAUCGGAAGCCUGGCCGGGGUUUUGAGACAACAGUUGAAGUCUUACCGCGAUUAUGCCAGAUCAAAUAUGCAAGUGGUACACUGGAAGAACUAUUGUAUAUUGACAUGCCACGUGAAUCCCAGAACACAUCUGGUCAGAUCGUGUUAGACUAUACAAAAGCAAUCCAGGAAAGUGUGUUUGAUCAAUUACGUGUGGUACGUGAGGGGCAUCUAAGGAUAGUUUUCAAUCCAGACCUCAAGAUCGCAUCUUGGGAGUUUUGUGCUAGACGUCAUGAGGAACUUAUUCCACGGCGAUCAAUAAUACCACAGGUUAGUCAGCUUGGCACGGUUGUACAAAAAUAUCAGGCUGCUGCUCAAAAUUCAGCGAGUUUAACAACUGAGGACAUGCAGAAUAAUUGCCAAUCGUUUGUUUCAUGUGCUCGCCAAUUGGCUAAGGCCCUGGAGGUGCCUUUGGUAAAUGAUUUAGGAUACACAAAGCGAUAUGUCCGCUGUCUUCAGAUCGCGGAGGUGGUAAACUGUAUGAAAGAUUUGAUUGAUCACAGCAGGCAGACUGGAUCUGGACCAAUCGCUAGCCUGCAUAACUUUCCUCGGAGGACUUCAUCAGGAAUCAACCCUCUUCAAUCACAGCAGCAGCAGCCUGAAGAGCAGCCGCCUGUUCCCCAGAGUUCAAACCAGAGUGGUCAAAAUUCCGCUGCCAUGGUUGGUGUGCAGGCUUCUUCCUCUGCCAAUGCUGAUGUGACAUCAAAUAAUCCUCUCAGCUGUGUACCCUCUACAUCAGCACCCUCACCAUCUGUUCCCGGACUCCUCCAAGGAGCGAUGGACUCUAGACAAGAUCAUCCAAUGAGCAAUGCAAAUGGUCUGUAUAAUAACAGUGGAAAUAACGGUGCAAUUUCCAAGGUGAACUCCACAAGCUCAUUGCAGUCAAAUCCAUCUACAUCUUUACCUUCUCAGGGGCCUACAUCAUCCAAUAACAAUGUGAUGCCCGCCCCUCAGAACACAAACCAACUCAGUUCCCCAGGGGUAUCAUCAAACCUGCCUCCUAUGCAGCCACCUCCAACUCGUCCUCAGGAGCCUGAGCCAAGUGAUUCUCAAAGCUCGGUUCAGAGAAUCUUGCAAGAGAUGAUGUCAUCACAAAUGAAUGGUGUUGGACAUGUAGGCAAUGAUAUGAAGAGAUCAAACGGACCUGCCCCUGGUAUUAAUGGGGUUAAUUGCUUAGUUGGUAAUGCUGUCACAAAUCACUCGGGAAUGGGAGGUAUGGGGUUUGGUGCUAUGGGAGGGUUUGGUUCAAAUCCUGCAGCAAGUGGGCUGAGAAUGGCAAUGGCAAACAAUGCAAUGGCAAUGAAUGGCAGGAUGGGAAUGCAUCACAGUGCACAUGACCUAUCACAGUUGGGCCAGCAGCAGCAACACCAGCAGCAGCAUGACAUAGGAAAUCAGUUGUUGGGUGGACUUAGAGCAGCAAACAGCUUCAAUAAUCUUCAGUAUGACUGGAAACCCUCUCAAUAGGGACCGGGAGCAUGUGAAGUUCAUUAGUAUGAUGAUGAUGCAGCUGCACUCACUGGGUCCAUUUCUCAUCAGUGACAGUGCUAUUCACCCCCUUGGGUGAAAGCAUUAUGGAGCAUCAAUGGCACAUGGUGUCAUGGAAAGGAAUCAUAAGCGAUGGCAAGCAUCCGAGCUGGCCAAUGUGUAUCAUUCCUGUAAUGGACUAGAAUCUGCCUUGGUUACCUUACCGAAAGAUAGAGUUAAAGGAUUAGAACCUGCCUGUAAUGGCCACCGCUGGUGUCGGUGUUUGAUGUUAUUUCUCACCCGGAAAAGAAGUUUUCCCUCUCUUUUUUUCCUUGACGGAUGACAUCCGGUAUGUAAUUUAUCAUCGCCCCUACCUGUAGCAAUCAUAUGUGCUGAUAUCUUCUCCUUGCCUCAGGAUUCCUGCUUUGUAGACUUACCCUACUCUUAUCAUAUUGACUAGUGGAAAUAUCAGGAAUGUUUUAUCUUUA